GUAUGAUAGAAUGGAUCUGUACCUACAUGUAGGUUUCUGGAAGGAAGGGCAGGGUGAUUACAUAAUCUCUGAUGAGUCAAUCAAGUCAUCUCCAAUUCUUGCACCGUUGGGUCGAUUUUACUUAAUUUGCUAACGCUCUUCUUAAUUUCUGCGACUUCUUCUUUUCGCAAACAGUCGAGAUAGGUUUAUCCCAUCCUCAACUGUUAUGCCUAAGAAAAGACAUAAUAAUAAAUACUCGAAACCUCCUUCAGUAGCUCCGCCAUCACUUGCGCUGUCCUCCUCGUCGAGGGCCACCUCUAAUCAGCAUGGACGUUCCGUCAACCAACUUCUAGCCGACUUGCGACGGACUAGCAUAAAACAAAAUGGCGCUUCGAGUGAUUUCCCCGUAGCGACUCCUACCGUUCCGCCUUCGAUCCGCCAAAUCCUCCAGAUUCCCGAGACACCCGCUCCAGCACCCCGACGGCCUCAACGUCUCCACGCGCAUGGUCGACGGGCACCCCCAGGCCCACCGCCACCGCGUAGCUGGGUAUCGUUAGCGCAGUCGCGACAUGCCCCCGCCGACCUCGGAAGAGACCUUGGAGGGCAUAUUCAGCACUGGCCCUUACCGGGCAUCUAUACUCCCGCCAAUGGCAGUUUCGUGGAUCGGCUAGUACGACGGAUGGCCCUAGAUUGGGAGCAGCAGCGGCAUUGGAAUCAGUUUUAUCUAUAUACGCUACCUAGUCAAUUACGGACAACCUUGAUUAGUUGUAUCUCGGAGCUUCAUGAACCAGGACUGUCUAUCAGCGACCUGCGACUGAUCCUUACUGGCCCUGCAGAUGAGAAGCUCGCACAAUACGAGGUAGAAAAGCCCGAUUUGGAUAAACUAAACGGGGACAUGUUUUGUUUGGACCUAAGCGGCUCGGUGGGGAAGUCGAUGUCAUUGAAAGAGUUAGGCGAGUUGCUCUAUCCUCCAGUCACAGUCGAGCUUGAUCUUCAGGAAUCGUGGGAAGCUCCAGAACCCGUUUCCGGGCCGGUUAAGCUCUUACCGAACUUAACACAGCUAUCCCUCGCAGUCGAGCCCGGAAAUGCGCCCGCCGCUUCGUGGAAGCAGCUACUUUCAUUAGCUAGCAAGUUACAAACACUUACGCACCUCGAUCUGUCUGGCUGGCCGGAACCAUCUUUGACGCCAAAUGCAAAAUUUGCGAAGAUGGCGUCACCGUUAACUGGAAGAAGCGUCCAAUAUGGUGGCACCGGGCCAUAUAGUCAUAAUUUAGACGGCGACUGGUCGGAAGCGAUACUGGUAUUGAAGCGUCUAAGCAAGUCUCUAUAUAGUUUAGAAUACCUCGAUUUGACCGGAUGUGGGGAUUGGUUCCCAGCAUUGAGAGUAGAGUCAGAUGGAGACUUCACAGUCGAUUUUAUUGACUGGGUGGGUGACUGGGGGAAAAUCACAACCCUGAGACUUUGUUCCGGGUAUGCCCUUUCGGACGAUUCAUCAAGCGGUCAAAUCCUCCGGUUUGCGGAUUGGAUUGAGUCUGCGACAGCAGUAGAAAAGCAUAUCAGAACACAGCGGUCAGGGAGGGGUCGUUGGAUCACCGUGGAAAAAGAUGCCCUUACAGACAGUGAGAAGGCGGUUGCAGAGAGCCAACGACGCGGGGUGUCGUUAUGAUGUGGCUAUAGAUACGGAAAGGCAUGUCAUAGCCGAGAGGACCAAUAACUUAACUUUAGGAUACAAUUAAAAGCCUUGAAUUUUGAAAUACACCAAGACGAUUACCAGCAAAUAAUAAAGACGCAAAGCCAAGCUAUUCGACACCUCUCAACAAUUAGAAUAAAGGCAUCCCACGAUAGCUUUCUCACAACUGAAUUACUUUAUAACAUAUCUACCUACUGAUCUACUGUGUAACUCUGGCUAUUUCGAGAUUUCU